CGAGUUUUGGUAGUAAUGUCUUGGGAAGCUGAAGUUGAAGAUGACUGGGAAGCUGGGAUGGAUAGUCAGGAACUGGAAGGGAACUGGGACGAUGAUGAAACCCUCUUUGAUUCCCAAGCUGUUAUUGAUAAACGUGUGGAGAUAUCCUUUUAGAUUGAUUUUGUGUUAUUUCUUUAACGUAUACUGUCCCAUAUGCCAUGGUGAAGGAAAGGUGACUGAAGAAGAGAAGAUUCGCGUAGAGGACCGCAUGAAGGCCAAGAGUUCUUCUAAGACCGCACCAAAGCCUUACAACGAAAAUCGAGGAGUUCAGCAGGCUGUGAGAGACACGCCCCUUGAUGAUCCCGUGGCCGAGAAGGAGCGUCUCCGCCAACUUGCAGAGAAUGCAGAUGCUAAAAUUUUGGAUGAAAUGUUUGGAGGCAAGGCCGACGAUGCCUUCAUUAGCGACACGGAAAAGGGAUUAAACAUGAUUAAGUUAGAAACCUUGGUAGACUAUCAACAGCUUGCGAAUAAGCUGGGGAAAAAGAUGAUGGACCUGGGCAACACGACCUUGACGCUGGAGUUCUUGCAGUGUGCCAUCCGUAUGUGCGGAGGGAACCUGAACAGUGACGACUUCCAGAAAUUGUCUUCGACUUGCAAUGUUAUGAAGGAAGAGCGAAAGAAGGAGGAGAAGGCAGUAACAAAGAAGGGAAAGAAGAAGAAUAAGUUGCUUCCCAAGUCUCUGAAUGCGGACCAUUCUUGGGUAAAUGAAAUGGGAGAUGAUUAUGGUGAUGAUGACUUCAUGUGGAGUGUUGGUUGCACUAAACAAACACAAGUUCUCUGA